CCCUGUGGGGCUCAACAGAGCAUGGCUAUUCCACAUCGGCUCACACACUCCACUGAGCCACAGCGCAUACCCCCUUCAUGUUUCACUUCAGCCUGUGCUUCUCUGACCAGCUAAAAGCAGGGGGAAGACAAUUUCCCCCAACCUGACAAGAUGUGGAAGCACUUGGUCGUCAAGGGGGUACCUUGGAUGUCAAAGAAGCGGGACAGGACACCGACUGAAUCCAGCCCUCUCAUACCCAAACCUGAAAAUACAGAAGAAGACGAGGAAGAGCUUGAUCACGUCACCAGCGAAUGUCAAACAGGGACAAACAAUGGACGGGACGGCAACGGCUCUACAUUUGCCAGGUUUCAAGCCUGGAUGAAUUAUUCUUUAAUGGACUAUUUCCUAAAAUACUCCCUGUUCCUGUGCAACCUCACAUUCACUGUUCUGGGCCUGGUGGUUCUUGGUCUGGGGAUGUGGGGCCUUAUCAGCAAAGAAUCCUUUGCCCAGGAGAGGAUUGGCAGCAUUGGCACUGACCCCAUGCUAACAGUCAUGACGGUGGGGGUUUUGCUGACUUUGCUUUGCCUGACAGGAUGUGUGGGCGCCUUGAGAGAGAACUGCUGCUUACUGAAGGUGUUCUCAGCAACGGUUCUGGUGCUUAUAUCAGCUCAGGUGCUGUUCGCCAUUGUGGCCUACAGCCUUCAAGAUCAGAUUGGCGAUUACCUGCGAUCAGGAAUGCUAGCUGCCAUGGCGCGUUACCAAGAUGAUCUGGACCUGAGGUUCAUCACAGAUGAGAUUCAGAUAAAUCUGCAGUGCUGUGGGGCAGACACCUACCGAGACUGGGAGAUCAAUAUGUACUACAACUGCUCAGCUCCAGGAGUGCUGGCUUGCGGUGUCCCUGCAACAUGUUGCGUGGAUCCUUUGGAAAACGGCACUGUAUGGAACUCUCAGUGCGGUGUGGGUGCCCAACUGCUAGAUGAGUUCACCGCUCAAAGUGUGAUCUUUUUGGGCGGUUGUCUGGGGGGAAUCUCACGCUGGAUUGAGCAACACGAGGGUCUGAUUGGUACCGUUGGAAUUAUCAUAGUUGGCGUCCAAAUUUUGGCUGUGUUCAUCACAACACGAGUGCUGGAAAGUAUCAAAUGGCACAAAGUCCAUGCAUAACAUAACGUCCUCAACACAGUAAUAUGCAAUUGAGUGGGCUGUUGUUGUUGCUUCCUUUUCUUUUUUUAAUCCUUGGUUUUCAGAGGAACGAAAGCAAAACAAAAAUAUUUUAAAUAAAUUUAAAUGACA